AACUAUGAAAGCUGCAAAAUUAUGAAAUUUUUUAUAACCAAACAAGCUUCUAUUUCAAUCAAGAGUAAUAAAUAAUGGAAAGAAGAAAGAAAAGAAAAGAAAAUUAAAGAAAAGAACUUAACUACAUGGCAGAGGCUACUCUAAGCAAAUUGCAUGCAUUCAUUUGUAUACUGCUCACCACAACCCAAAUAAAGGCGAUCCCUACUUCACAGAUAGUGGAACAGUGGAGCAGAGGUUAAGUACCUUGCACAAGGUCACAAAACUAGUAAGCAGCAGUGCUAGGACUCAAACCAUGUGGUCUGGUUCCCCAGCCUGUGCUGUUAGCCAGCCACAGGUUACUUACUAUACUGCCACAAGCUCUUAACAUCUUGGCAAGCUUCUUAAAUGCUAGAUAGUAGUCUAUAUUUGAACGCUACCUGGCUUGCUAAAAUUGCAUUUUAGAUAGCUCCCUCUGACAGAAAGCAUGGCUAAUCAAUAAUCAAACAGGAUCCACUUUAUCUCCUUAAUAGAUCUUGACGCUGUUGGCUUCUCUCCAUCUUCAUUGCCACUGCCUUGGCUCAAGCCACCAUCAUAUCUUGGCUAGAUUAUUGCAAUCACCUCCUAACUGGCUUUCCUUCCUUUAGUCCUAAAUGAAAAUGAAGACUAGAGGCCAAAAAAGAAUUAUAAAAGGGUGCCAAGCUAGCAAAAGAAUAUACAAACAUCAGCCCCAACAACUUCUAGGAGCUAGGGCUGGAGAGAGAACAGUGGAAGCAGUUACAAACUCAGGUCUUCAUGAAUCUAGAGAAAGUCAAAAGCAGAGCCAGUAUGGAGACAUUAACUAAAACCAUGCAUUUUUAUAAACAGCAAGCUGCCUGGCUCUGCCAUCAGAGAUUGGAAGCCAUAGAAAUAGCUGCUGGUAAUGGUUGUCUGAUCCCUCCCUACAUCCUCCAGCCUCCCUGGGGCUUGGGUCUCCUGGUCAGAGAAGCUUGGCUUGCUCCAAUCUCCCUGUCUCCUGUGCUGGUCUUGCUGAGAUGUGCCCUGGGCAGGGCAUUGGGCAGGAAGGAGACUCCUCACAUGAUCCAGCUUAAUCCUCCUUUCCUCCCUCCUUCCUGAAGCUGCACACUGCAGUGAGAGCACAGCAGAAAUGCAGACAAAAGGGGGCCCAAAAUGGACAAGAAGGGUUCUACUGCUCGGCAUCCUCUGGACCACCACACACCUGCCUCUCCCAGGAGCCUCCUUGCCCCAACGUCUCCCAAGGGCCACAGAAAAUAGCACCCAAUGUGUUAUUUCUCCAUCAUCGGAGUUUCCCGAAGGGUUUUUCACAAAACAGGAGCGCAGAGAUGGUGGCAUCAUAAUCUACUUCCUAAUUAUCCUUUACAUGUUCCUGGCUGUGUCUGUUGUCUGUGAAGAGUACUUCUUACCCUCCCUGGAAAUCAUCAGUGAAUCCCUUGGAUUGUCUCAGGAUGUUGCAGGUGCAACUUUCAUGGCAGCGGGUAGUUCAGCUCCUGAAUUAGUUACUGCUUUCCUAGGUGUAUUUAUCACAAAGGGAGAUAUUGGCAUUAGCACCAUUCUUGGAUCUGCAAUUUAUAAUCUCCUUGGCAUCUGUGCAGCCUGUGGCUUGCUGUCUAAUGUGGUUUCAACGCUCUCAUGUUGGCCCCUAUUCAGAGACUGUGCAGCAUAUGCAAUUAGUGUAGCAGCAGUUCUUGGCAUAAUAUUUGACAACCAAGUUUACUGGUAUGAAGGAACUUUAUUGCUUUUGAUAUAUGGAUUAUAUGUAUUAGUGCUGUGUUUUGACAUUAAAAUUAACCAAUAUAUUAUAAAGAAAUGCAGUCCUUGCUGCACCUGCCUUGCCAAAGCUCUGGAGGAGAGAAGUGAACAACAGCCACUGAUGGGAUGGGAAGAUGAGGGUCAACCAUUCGUUCGUCGGCAAUCAAGAACUGACAGUGGAAUAUUUCAUGAAGAUUCUGGCUACUCUCAGCUCUCUAUAAGUUUACAUGGUCUUAGUCAGAUUUCUGAAGAUCCACCAAGUGUUUUCAACAUGCCUGAAGCAGACAUAAAAAGAAUUUUUUGGGUAUUAUCUCUUCCUAUUAUUACAUUACUUUUUCUAACCAUACCAGAUUGUAGAAAAACAUUUUGGAAAAACUACUUUGUGAUAACCUUUUUCAUGUCUGCACUAUGGAUAUCUGCAUUUACAUAUAUCCUGGUUUGGAUGGUCACAAUUACUGGGGAAACACUAGAAAUUCCAGAUACAGUAAUGGGCCUUACUUUAUUAGCAGCGGGAACAAGCAUACCAGACACAAUUUCAAGUGUGUUGGUUGCAAGAAAAGGUAAAGGAGAUAUGGCUAUGUCUAACAUCGUGGGAUCCAAUGUAUUUGAUAUGCUAUGUCUUGGUGUUCCAUGGUUUAUUAAAACUGCAUUUAUGAAUGCAUCAGCUCCUAUAGAAGUGAACAGCAGAGGACUAACUUACAUAACCAUCUCUCUCAACAUUUCAAUUAUUUUUCUCUUUUUAGCAGUUCACUUUAAUGGCUGGAAACUAGACAAAAAGUUGGGAGGAGUUUGCCUAGUAUUAUACUUGGGGCUUGCUACACUAUCAAUUCUAUAUGAACUUGGAAUUAUUGGAAAUAAUAAAAUAAGGGGUUGCGGAGGUUGAUAUUAUUAAUAGUGUUAUGUGGGAAAUGUGAAUGGCAGGGAGGGGAAGAGAGGGAAAAAUCCAUUUCUUCGUUUAAAUCAAAUAAAAAACAUACUAAACUUCAGAAUCUAAAACUUACAGUAAUUCUUCAUCACCAAAGUAACUCAAAACCAACCAAAAUCACAUCC